AAAUUAACCCUUAGCUGUAUUUGAUAUAUCUGACAGUUGCAAUGUACAGUUUGUCAAAUAUCUCUACUGAAAAAAUGCCAAAAAAAUUCUCUGGUGAAAACACUAAAGCAGUUGCCGCUCGAGAGAGAAAAAAACAGUCGAAAGAAAAGUCACAAACUGAACAUAAAUCAAUUGAAAAUGAUGAGUUUAAGGAUGAACAUAAAGGCUCACUGAAGAAACAACAAAAAAAGGAAGCUGACGAAAGGAAGAAACAACAAACGCUGCAGAGAAAGGCUGAAACAAAAAAAAUCUUACAGAAGGAGAUGGAGGAAGCUUCCGAAAAGCCCACUAAAAAAGUUACAAGAGCUGAAAUAAAAUCAAGACUCACAGUACCUGUGGAGCAGAAGGAAGCGGAACAUUUCGAAAAGCCAUCUGUGUCACCUUUAUUUGAAAAUCUCAACAGAUUGCAAGUUGGAGAGGAAUCCGCAAGAACAGUGGACGAAGCUAUUGGUAUUUUCAAGGAGAAAGAAAUUGAUAAACAUCCAGAAAAACGAUUGAAAGCAGCGUAUUCUGCAUACGAGAAAAAACGUCUUGAAGAAUUAAAAAAAGCUGACAAUGGCCUGCGUUUAUCGCAAAUGAAGCAGACAAUUUUCAAAGAAUGGCAAAAAUCUCCCGAAAAUCCACUCAACAACUCAUAAAUUUUAAUUCACGAGCGAAAACAAGACAUUUAAUAAGUAGUUAAAUGAUUAUAUUGAAAAUAGUUUUGCUAUUAAAUGAAUCAUAUAAUCUUGGACUAAAAAGUCCUUCGUUAA